CCAUUAAGCAUCAAACGUUAUAUUGAGUCUAUUAGUAAGUGGCUCUAGAUCUGUGUUCUGGAUAGUUAGUCGGCUUGCCAUGUUCCUCUUUCUUCAGCAGUACAUCCUCGUAAUGAAUGAACGCUUCAUGUAUCAAUUUAUCAACCAGAAAUAGAUGUAAUGACUGGUGGCUAGAACUGCACUGGUGGUAAACAUGCAGAUGGACAUUUAAAAAGAGCGACACGGAAAGGUUAAAUUUCUGUGAUUAGCAAACUGAGUGUAGGAGGCCAGAAACGGUUAACUUUCUGUCGAUAGUCAACAUGCUGGUUGGAAUUUGUCUGUUGUUAGUAAACUAUCUGUAGGACGAUCGACAUACAAGGUAUAACUCUGUCGAUAGUCAACAUGCUGGUGGGCAUUUGAAGAGGAGGACAGGCAGGGCCUGGUUUCAGUUGUUAGUAAACUGCCUAUAGAGGACGUACAAGGUUAACUUUCUGUCAAUAGUCGACACAUGCUGGUGGGCAUUUGAACAGGAGGGCAGACCGGGUUUAAUUUCUCUUGGUUGAUAAGAGGAUGACAGUCGACACUGGUUAAUGCAUGCUGUCAUCUGAGGAAUUCAAGGCAUGCGUGAACCUAGUUUAAAUUUUCCUUACGAAAGUAUAGAAUACGUAUUAUAAACUAUAAAGGUAACUACAGGUGUGAGGCGGACCAGAAAACCCUUAUUAGGACUUACUACCAUUACCGGCGACAGGUUGGAUUUAUCAAAACAGCUGUUCGGGGAAGGAGAGUUUCACUUACCCAGACACUGGGCAGUUACUAGUACACAGUGAUGGGUACAAACUCCAGCAAGGAGGCCAAGAAGCCCAAGGAUAAAAACCAUGUGGAUAAAAAAGCGACUCCUCUGGAUAAACAAAAGAAGGAAAAUGCCAAAUUAUUGGCACAGCGAAUGGAAUCGGUGACGUCACAGGACGAAACAGAUAGCGUAGCCAUUGAAGAGGGUGUUCCUGUAGACGAGUAUGAUGGAUUGGGAGAUAACAUUUUCCCCUUUGAGAACCUUGUCUUUGAAGGAGGCGGGGCUGAAGGGGCCGGAUUUUGUGGCGCUUUAAAGGUAAUCGAGGACCUUGGUAUCAUGCAGAACGUGAAACGUUUCGCCGGGACCAGUGCCGGGGCCAUUACAGCGGCACUAGUGGCAGUCGGUUACACAUCCAAGGAAGUAGACGGAUUUCUCAGUCAGGAUCUCGACAAUAUCUUAUUGGACCAUAAAUGGGGAAUUCUCAGUUUGUUACCAAGUUUGCGGAAGGAUUUUGGUUGGAAUCCCGGCAACCGCUUCUCUAACUGGCUCGGUGGGGUCCUAGCAAAGGCUAUGGGGGACCCGGAUAUUACCUUCGCACAGUUAUACAAGAAAAGAGGAGUAGAACUAUGUGUUGUCGUUACAAACGUCAGCCGCAUGACUGAGGAAUAUUGUCACCCAAAGACCACGCCUCACAUGCCGAUCCGUACAGCAGUGCGCAUGUCUAUGUCAAUUCCAGUUUUAUUUCAAGCGGUGAGAUAUGAUAAAGCCGGUGAUGAGGAUGUAUUUGUAGACGGCGGGAUUAUGUGUAACUUCCCUAUACACUGUUAUGAUGGCUGGUGGUUGUCAAUGGAACCGGGCGACACAUUCUUGGAGAGACUCAAACCACUAGACAAACUCCCGGGUCUCCUAGCUAGAGAUGGCAGAUUUGAAGGCAGGAACCCUAAAACGCUAGGUUUUCUUGUGUACGAAGAUCUGGAGGAAGAUUUAUUCCGAUUUAGUAUGGAGAAGAGAUAUGGGAAACAGAUGGGGAAAAUACCGAAAACCUCUCUCUCCAAGCGGAAACUGAAGAAAAAGGCGUUACAAAGCAUUGCGAAAAUAGAGCACCAGAAAAUUAUGGAAGCUUUCACAGAGUUUUUUGAAAUACUACGUCGCCAUGAUCUCAACAGAAAUGGUUGUAUCAGCAAAUCAGAACUAGAGGCAGCUUUCACAGACAUUUCCGAUGGAAUCAAGGAAACUUUGUUCGGCCCGGAUAUUACUGCGGAUAAGGCGUUCGAGCUGUUGGAUAGCAGUAAGGACGGUGAGAUUCAGUUCCAAGAACUUAUGGAUUUCGCCCAGAGUAAUGGCGUUUACCUAUUGGAGCGUUACCUAGGUUACAGUAGACAAGAUAUCAACGACUUCCAAUCAUUCACGCAUGCACUGCAGAAUGCAUUGCUCGUCAACGGCAGCAGACGAUACGUCGAGGAAAAGGACAUCGAUCGAUCAGUAGGAAUAAAUACAGGUCAUGUUGGUGUUAUGGACUUUGGUAUGGAGGUAGCCGACAAAGACUUCACGGUGGAGCAAGGACAGAGAAGCAUGGUGGCGUUCCUACAACACUAUGUAGAAACUCAUGAUCUUCCAAAGCGCGAGAAAACUGAUACAAAAGAUGAGAAUUCGCCAGGAAAGAGCGUGGAUGGAAAUGAAACCGAAAACAGAGACACUGAAUCUAAAGCAAAUAACACACCAGCGGAAGCCAGCAAUGACAACAAAACGUCGGACGUUAACGACACAACAGAAUCACAACAAGUAUGCUCAACACCAGGAUCGACAGAGGUCUCUAAAGCUACCGAACCAGAGUCAAUCACGAUCUCGAUACAAAACGGUCAGGGAAGUAUACCUGACGAUGUGCAGGGCGAAUCACAGACUUAGUCACACAAAACGGUACGGGAAAUGUACCUGACGAUGCGCGGGGCGAAUGACAGACUUACAAACACAAAACGGUUAGGGAAGUGUACCUGACGAUGCGCGGGGCGAAUCACAGACUUACAAACACAAAAUUAAAUGAUAGUUUUGGGUGUCGGAGGAAAUAUAAUAUUGUUAUGUCCAGUUCGGGGUUCGAAGAGAGGAACGGGGCAUCACUCUAUCAUUGGUCGACCUUUGAAGAAGGAAUAAUCAGGGACAUGGUCAUAUCCUGUUCGUUUUUUUGGUCAUUGAAGUGAAAUCCAGGGCAGCAGGCAUGAAGUAGAAUGAGAUUGAAGAUAGUCUUGACAAUAGGAAGUUUCACUAGUUACGACCGUUUUCCAUAAAACUGCAAUAUUUCACGUAUAAGUGUACCUUGUACCAUCAUGUAUGCUAGUUUAGGUAUAGCUUACUUUUUAUGAACUCAGAUAUUCUCAGAAAACUGCGCCUGUUGUGUCGUUCGUAGUUGGUGUUUUUGCCACACAAGUUGUAUUUGUUACAAUACAGUUCUUUAUAGCAUACUCCUAGGUACAUGACCAUCAGAAACCAAAGUACAGUAAUAAGGAACUUCUGAAAUACAAUUUAUUGCUUUAUAAUUUUGCUUAUGGCGUAAACGAUUAGUUUUAUUUCAAAAUCCGCAGAUUCACAUACAUGCGCUAAUAUGCAAUGUUCGUACACUGAUGGCAAUUGUUUUAUUUACAUAUAAACAUUGUCUUUAACUAAACAUGUUUACAGCAGACCGUACACUGGUGACAAUUUCUAUCUGUACACAUAGACAUUGUCGUUAGCUAAAUAUGUUUACAUCGGACCGAACACAGAAGACAAUUUCUUUCUGUACAUGUACAUAUAGACAAUGUCAUUAACUAUCAGUUCAGGUGUUUCCUGAAAAUUAUUGGAUAUCGAUUAUAUAGUUCUCGUACUUCAAAGACAGAUUUGAUUGUAUUUUGCAUAUUUUUUGUUUUCUGUAUUAACAAAUUGCAAUAAGAUUUAAAAUAUGAAUAUUUGUACGUCUAUGUAAUGUGGAACUAAAUAUCUGUAAUUUAAAUCUAAUCAUGACAUUUUUUUAAUUUCAAACGAAACCUUCGUACUUUUAUUUUACAUGUUAUAAACGUUUACACCUGCUAUUUUUACCACACAGCGUUGUUCAUAUAAAUACAUAUAUAUUUAUGCUUUACGUAUGGUCUUAUAAAAUUUAAUGCGUAUGAGUUUUCUUGUGUGCGUGGGAGGUAUGUACCUGUGUAUAUGUACGUAUGUGAGGAAGUACAUGCAUUCGUACGUGCGUAUUUAAAACUUGAUUUAGGAAAUAAGUGGGGAAAUAAUACUCAAUAUAUCGCUAUAAUUUCAGCAACAUUAAUAUUAAAAUGAAAUUUCAUUUUUUGGAAAAAUUGGUGACUUGUCAGAAGCACAAUAUAGUUUUGGUAAGCGUGUUUAGUGUCGGUAUGGUAAUUGUUGUCUGACAAUGACACACGUGUGUGUUUUUAUUGUGCUACAUGUGAUAAUUAAAUAUGUGUAUGCUUUGUGAUUUAUAUAUUGCUUAUAAAGUCGAAGAAAAUACCAAA